GGGUGCACAGCAAGAAAAGAAAAACAAGAUGCGAGGACGAUGGGGCCAGCAAACGAACGAAAAGAGAAUGUUCUUCUGUUUGUUCCCAACUUAAUAGGUAAGACAUUUUCUUCCUUCUCACUGUUUCUUUUACAGACAAAUGUAUUUUCAUAUAACGUGUGUUGAUUUAUAUCUAGACAGAAGCGCGGUUAGCUCUCGUCGAAAACCUUCGAUAUGUACGGUUUUCACUCGUUUUCGGCUCCUUUCAGUGGACCUUUUAAUAUAGGUUUUGUUUUCUCAGUACAGGUUAUGUCAUACUAAUCUAGAGAACUGUUUAUUUUCGCUCCGUGCACGUCCUUAUAUGCAAGACUGUACACAUCAUUUUUGAAAAGACAGGGAGGAAAUUCCCUUAAAACCUGCCACUGAAACUACAUAUACCUGCAAGCUCAUAAUUCUAAAAAUACCCAGACCAAGUUGAAAUCUUUUUUGCUUGUUGUUUUGAGACAAGCCUUUUUAUGUCACCCUGAUUCAUUUCCCAUGUUCGGCAGUACGUACCCACUUAGGCCUAAGGAAUGCCAGCCCCUCCCCCACCCCCCUCACUAUAGUUGCAUAGCCAUUGCAUAAGGUCAUUACAUAAGGUCUUAUUUUUAAGUGUUUGCCUUGUACUACCAAUAGUGUGUUACCUCAAAUAAGUGCCCAAACAAAUAGUUAAAAUUUUGACCAAAAUUAACAGUACUAUUUACUGCUCAUAAGGUGGCUCCUCAUUGGUUGCAGAAAACAAUAACACAACAUUGUUUAUCGUUAUUUCCAUGGUUUUAUGGUAAGGGUAGCAAACCAGUUGGCUUUUAGGGUUAGGAUAGCUGCUCCAUCUAAAAUUAGGAGCACUUAUGCAAAGGAGUGGGGCUUUCAUCAAGGUUUUUGUCAGCAAACCUAAAAUUCAAAAGUACAUGAAUAUCAGAGAAAAGUGUAGGCACGCGUACACAGAGGUUGGGGUUGUCACUAAGAAUUUAAGUUACCGGGUAAGUACAACAAGUAGGCUGGGAAUUAAACAGCUAGGGGUUUCUUUUGGUCCUAUUUUUCUUCUAUUUUCCUAUGAAAGUAGCUGGGGGCUACGUUCAUGGUAGCCGGGGGAAAUCCCUGGCCCCACCUCUUAAUGUUACUCCUGAGAGGUACAGAUAACUGGAAUUGACUAAACUGUUCUUCUACGUCAUGUAAAUUGAUGCUGGUGUAAUCAAAGCUGAAAAAAUGAUAAACAUGACAAAGGAAAGAAAACUUUUUUGUGAAAUGUUUACCAUCUAAGGAAUUGAAGGAAGGGCAGUGGUGCUCAUUCAAGAGGGGCUUUUAUUUGCUGUUAUAGGGCACAGCAAAAAUAUCACUUUGCGUACAUGUAAUGUUAAUUUGUUAUUAAUAAUAGGCGAUGUGGCUCCUGGAUUUGAACCAAGGAUCAUGUACAAAAUUGUAUCCAAAAACUGCUCUAAAAUCUUCACCAAAGUUUAAAUUCAUUGUGAUUACCUUUAAAACAUUUGCAACCUAAUUUAAAUAUUUGUAUUCGUUGACUAGAGUACAUUUAUUAUCAUUAAUAAUGGUUAAAUUUUUUCCAUAGGCUAUGUUCGUCUGAUCCUUUUAGUAGCUUCUUGGAUAUUUUUCUCCAAUCCAGUUCUGUUUCUGUCCUUCUACACAGCUUCAGUUUUAUUAGAUGGUAAGUGUUUCUUUAGAGGACAAUGUUAUGUUUAGUUAUUUGUUAUGAUUUACGGCAAAAUAACAAGGGAAUUCUUCUGAGCACCCCAAAGCAUUUCACAAAAUUUAUCAUGGGGGGAUCAAUCCUUCAAGGCAGCAGCGCCACGGCUUUGGAACAGUCUUCCCGUAAGCAUUAGAUCUGCUUGCACCAAAAAUGAUUUUAAACAGAAACUUAAGACAUUUUUAUUCAGCAAGGCAUUUUGUUAGUACUAUAAAAUAAUUGUUUUAAUUUAUAUUUAGAUUUUUAUAUAGUUUUUCUGCAGUUUACUUUUCUUAUAACCAAUUGUAAAAUUAAUAGUGUAGUUUUCAUCUUUGAUUCCAAAGUGACUGUAAAUAUUAAAUAUUAUUAUUAUUAGGGACUUGUCAGAAAUUAGCAGGGGGGGAGGGGGGUGGAAACAGAGGGAGGGUCACAACUUUUUGAGACUGCAGAAAAGGGAGGGGUCAUGAAAAAAUGGGCUGUUAAAAGGGGGAGGGUCAUGCAAAUAUGUGUCCGUGAUCAUGUAGAGGUUCACCCACAGAAGAAAAAAGCAGUUCUGUAUUUUGUAAAAAAAACCUGGGAGAAAUAGGAGAGUCGAGUGAUCAGCUGUCAGAGUCAGAGUCAGUCUCUCAAUGCUGUCAUCUAAUGUGUAUGUACAUGGCAUUACAAAGAACAUAUUAGAAAUAUAUCUUGAGCUUUCAUAAUACUGACUCACCCUAGUGUAUUGCAACAACUAGAUUUUAUCAUUUAUACAAGAGGGGGAGGGUCAUGAUAUUUUAGGCCAAGGUCAAGGGGAGGGUUAGCAAAUUUCACUCUCAUUGCAGGGAUGGGUCACCUCAUUUUCGAACCCAAAAUCAAAAUUCCCACCCCCUCCCCCCCUGGUAAUUUCUGUCAAGUCCCUUUUUUAUUAUUUGUGGAUGGCAGUGGAGCAACCUAUAUGGACAUUAAUUGUCUGUCAUUCUAAAUUUUGCAAGCAAUAAGCUGUGCAGAGCUUGAUUAGUGCUGGGGAUCAUGUAUUAAAUGACAUCAAAACAAACAGUCAUUUUAUUAGCAUACAAUCUUGGACAAAAAGCAUUAAGAACUUAGCUUUUUCAUACCCUCAGGAUGCCUAUCCCUCAGAUUUGAUUAUUAAAUACUAUGACCCCUACCCCACUCUGCUCAAUUUUGUUCAGUCAGAAGCAGAAAGGAUCCAGCCGUAUUUACCGGUAAACUUUGUUUAUUCAGAGGGAAAGGCCGGGGAAAUAUCUCGAAGCUAGAGGUGGUCACAUCCAUUUUCCUUAGUAUUAAUUUUAUUAGCCAAGACUGUAACCUGUAUUUGCACUCAGUUUCCCAUCUCUUCAAAUUAUUAAGGGGCUGAGGAAUCACAGAAAAAUUUAAGACUUCUUUCUUUGUAAGUUAUCAUGAUCACUGCUUUGCUCCCUAUGGCAGGCUAUGAUUUGUCUUUCAGUACAGCCUCGAUUUUGAGCAAGAUAAACUUGUACAGUAUUACUGUGUACAUAUACUUAUAAAAUAUUUAAGAUAGUAUGUGCAUUCUGAUUGGUUAAGAACCUAUGGUUUAUUGUGCCUGUAAACUCAUAGAAAACUUAAAGUUAUUUUAUAAAAGCAACAGACCACACUUUCUAUGGGUUUACCACCAUGAUAACCCACUUGGGAUGUUGGAAGAACACUCAGAACGUUUGUCAAUCAAACGCCUUUGGCUCGUGAUUUACAAGCUUUUCUCGUGUUCUCCCAACAUCCCGCUUGGGUUAUCAUGCCGGUAAACCCAUAGAAAGCGUGGUCUAUUGCUUAAAUAUAUACAUGGGCAAACUGAUUUCACCAGGAACUAACCAAUCCAUGGAACAUGUUUUGUUUUCUUCAGGUAUUGAUGGAAUUGUAGCUCGUCAGUUGAAUCAGACGUCAGCAUUUGGUGCUUGGGUAUGAAACUCUUGAGUAUUACAGAAAGUAUAUUCACAAAUAAAUAUGGCCAAAAUUAUUUUGGCGGUAUAUACAGUUGAACCUCCAUUUAACAAACCUCUAUACAACAAAGUCCUGGGUAAAAGGAACAACUUUCCUUACUCCAGAAAUAGUAAAAUAUAUGAAAAAGAAACUCGAUAUACAACCAAACCUCAAUAUAGUGGACAAAUUUACAAAUUUUGCCAGUCUCUUAGCCCGUCAUUAUUUUGAAGUUCCACUGUAUAUGUUUAUAUGCCUUUGUUUAUUUUCUGUUCUGGGUAUACAGUUAAUGAAAACAGAGCAGUAGGGUUCUCCUCUUUAUCUUUUCCCUUCUACAGUGGAACCUCAAUUUAAAAACCUCUAUGCAACCUCUAUAUAAAUCCUUGGUAUAGCAAACAUUAUUUGUCAUUCAAAAUAUUUCUCUGUUUCUGUUUGGUUCAAAUCCCUUGGAAAAUUCUUUAUAACCAACUUGUGGUGACCCCAUUUGUAAGAGGUAUGCAAUAGCUUCUAUUAGUAUUUACCAAAUCAGUGAAUAGCAAUUUUCACGCAUUUUGAUUGGCUCCCGUGACUCGGAAUAUCCUUGGCUAUUCACUGUUUUGUGACCGGUGCCAAGAUGGCGUCUCACUUCAAGGCAUUUUUGGAAGACGAAAUUUGAGCAAUAAAUGAAGCAGUCGUAUAAACAAAUUCAGGGGUUUGCUAAUAUUUCUUGUGAAAAUUAGGGCUUUUGUCAUUUAACCCAUUCCCUCCUAGAGAUUUUGCCGAAAAACGCGUUUUGAAGCUAGUCGAGUGGUUUUCUGGUCACUGUCGUGCUAUAAAGAGCUAAAACUUACCACAAACUGGUUUACAGGUCGAACACUUCGCAGUCUUCCGAUCCAGAUGCAAAAUAUCAGCUUGCGAAGUUCGGGCAUGCGCAGAAAGCAAAAUUUCGACAGUUUUUGGGUUUAAAAGUGACACAGCAGUCUUGACUUUUACUUUUCGCUUUCUCUCCUCCCUUCUUUUUUUGCUUUUCUUGCCUCAUUUUUUUUUUCUCUUGCUGGGCAUUUAGUAGGCUUGAUUUUGGUGGGAAGAGUUUUUAGGAAAGCUUUUAGGAUCUUAGGAUUAGGCGAAAGGAAAGGUAGGUGGGUAAUGGGACAAGAUUUUCAUGGAGAUUUUCAGGUCAAUGUCACGUGGUUUUUUGCUUGUUUCUCCGGUGUCCUUGACUGAAUUGUGCUCAUUCUGGUAUGGUUUGAAAGAUCUCUUCACUCUGCACAAGUUAGUGAAGAAAGUUGUCCUUGACCGUUAAAACUGAUGACGUCACAAUGGGUAGAAAGGACCUGGAUCCGCACGGGCGGUUACGGGCGGUUCAGGGGCGAAUGGGUUAAUCAAAAAACCUAAAAAUGGCCUUUUACCAACUUUUUCACCUGAUUUGACAUGAAAUAGACAGAUUUGGUUGUUUUAUGCUGAAAAGUGGAUUUUUUUCAAAAAGCUUGGUCCUUUGCUUAACCCAUUCGCUCCUAGAGAUUUUGCCGAAAAACGCGUUUUGAAGCUAGUCGAGUGGUUUUCUGGUCACUGUCGUGCUAUAAAGAGCUAAAACUUACCACAAACUGGUUUACAGGUCGAACACUUCGCGGUCUUCCGAUCCAGAUGCAAAAUAUCAGCUUGCGAAGUUCGGGCAUGCGCAGAAAGCAAAAUUUCGACAUAGUUUUUGGGUUUAAAAGUGACACAGCAGUCUUGACUUUUACUUUUCGCUUUCUCUCCUCCCUUCUUUUUUUGCUUUUCUUGCCUCAUUUUUUUUUUCUCUUGCUGGGCAUUUAGUAGGCUUGAUUUUGGUGGGAAGAGUUUUUAGGAAAGCUUUUAGGAUCUUAGGAUUAGGCGAAAGGAAAGGUAGGUGGGUAAUGGGACAAGAUUUUCAUGGAGAUUUUCAGGUCAAUGUCACGUGGUUUUUUGCUUGUUUCUCCGGUGUCCUUGACUGAAUUGUGCUCAUUCUGGUAUGGUUUGAAAGAUCUCUUCACUCUGCACAAGUUAGUGAAGAAAGUUGUCCUGGACCGUUAAAACUGAUGACGUCACAAUGGGUAGAAAGGACCUGGAUCCGCACAGGCGGUUACGGGCGGUUCAGGGGCGAAUGGGUUAAACCUGAGUGGGAUUGCCAAAUUUGAAUAUGAAAGAAAAAAUGAAACGAAUUCUGGUCUUAGUAGUAAAAAGACCUCAUCAUACAAAUGGCGUAGUCUAAUGUUUGUUUGUUUUCCAAGUUAGAUAUCUUGUGUGACAAUAUUGGUCGUGGAAUGCUAUGGACCUUACUUUAUCAGGUAUGAAUGAAUAAAUUUUUUAGGUAAAAGAAGAAGAAGUAAAAAAGCUGAACUCAAACUUAAGAUGGUCUAUUAUUUUGUAGGUUGCAUGAAUACUGUGAGCCUAACCUUUUUUAGUUUUGAAGCCUACCUACAUCAUACCCCAGCUGUCUUUAUUAAAGUAAUGGUACAUUCAUACUGUAUGGUUCUUUCUCGGCUACUUUGGAUUUUUAGGUUAAGUUAUGAAGUGGAAAUGCAUAGGGCAGCCUUUUUGCAAUUAGGUUUCAAUUCAGCUUUCUUACAGGCUAAUAGUCAAACGUAAUGGAGAUGAAGAUGAUGAUGAUGAUGUUGAUGACGGUGAUGAUGAUGACUGAUGAUGUUUAUGACUGUGAUAAUGAUGAUGAUGAUGAUGAUGAUGAUGAUGUUGAUGAUAGAAGUUGUCUUGAUGGUAACAACAGUGGUAGUGAAAUUAGUGUUGGUAGUGGGAAGCUGGUUAUGCUGAUGAUAAUGUUGCAGGUUAUGCUGGUAGCAUUGUGGUGAUAAUGGUUGAUGAUGGCACCCUUCAUUCUUGUUGGCAUUAUUGUUUAAGCUCAUCACCUAAGGAAGAAAGUAAAGAUCACACUUUUUAAGGGAAUGUAAGUGAAAAUAGAAAAUAUUAUUGGGUAUCCUUGAAGAAAUCGUCCUGAAAUCAAGGUUUUUUUAGAUCUGUCCAGGAUUGUAAGUUAGUGAGAUUUAUGCUCCUUAUGGCAGACAUCAGAUCAGUGUCCAUUAGCCCUAAUCCUCACCUACCUUAUUAUAGGAAAUUAACGCUCCAUGAAAUUAAUGCAAAUCGUUAAAAUUCGUGUUAAUUUAAGUUGCCUUAAUUUUGUUGAGCAUUAAUUUCCGCAACGUUAAUUAAGUGCAGCGUUAAUUUCUGCACUCUUAAUUUCCAAUAUUUUAACCCCAAUUUUGGAACCUGUCCAGACAUUCUUAACACCUAAAACCUAAAAAAAAUUAACUACAAGCUUUCUUUCUUUCCAUUUACCCCUUAUUUUUCAUCUUUCACAAAAGCUAAGGCGAAGGUCUACAAUAUUUCGAGUUCAUCUUCAUCGUUGUCGCUGUCAGAAGUGAUGUUCGCUCAGUUUUGUUCAGUUUUGAAUUUUUUUGCAUCCAGUGUUGAAGUAAAUUUGUUCCAGUUGUCACCACCAACUGUCUUAAUCGCGUUAACUUCCUUCAUUAUGAAAUUCUACCUCCUCUUUCGCGUUAAUUCUUUUUUAUUCGAAAGUCGUUUGCCAUUAAAUUCGCGUUAAUUUAAGUCCCAUUAAUAUUAUUUCCAAUACCUUAAUUUCAUGGAGCGUUAAUUUCCUAUAAUGAGGUAAAUGCAAGCAAUUCUACUGUCUUACAUGAAGUCAUAUGGAAAUUAGAAUUUGUGUUUAUUACAAAGGACCCAAGUUCAGACUUUUUUGCAUUUCUGGACAUAAGUGUUGGUUUGAUAGGGAGAUUUAAAAUAAUUUCUGUUGUUUCUGUCAAGUAAAGCAUAAUCAUGGCAAUCUUGUUUUGUCUCAUUUAUUUUUGUUACUGCACGACAGUGGGGCUACUUUAUCAGUGCAGUAGAGUGGCUGGUAUUUGUAUGCACUCAUACACUUGGAGCACAGUGGAAAAGUGCCAAGGCUAGUCCUCCCUCAUGGGUGCAAACUGUCAUGGCUAAUGGUAAGUAAAAGGUAUAUAUUAUAAAGGAUAAUUUUUAAGCAUUGCAUGAUAUAACAGUGUUCUCUCUAAAUUUUAGCUCAGCAGGUAAACGACCAUUCAUGGCUGUUGAGGGAAAAAAUAUGUGCCAGAGGCUCACUUUCCUGUGUGUGUGUGUGGGGGGGGGGGGGGGGGGGGGGGGGGGGGGUGAUAGACCUGGCCCGGCCCUUGCUGGGAAAUUUAGGGCCAAAAAAAGUUUUUGGAAAUUUUUUUCCUUUUUUUUAAAACCUACUUCACAAAAAUUGGCGUUUGUUUUUUUUGAAAAACAAUUUAAAGUUUUUGUUUUCAAUUUUUUUUUUGUUUUCUAUGUCUUUUUUUUAUAUCUGGUGCCCCAAAAACUAAAAAUUGUUAUGUAUUAUAUAGUAUUAAAUAUGGGUUAUGUUUUUAGAGGAAGUAAGCGGGUGGGGGAGGGGAGGGGGGAGGGGGGAGGGAAAGGGGGUGGGGGGGGGGGGGGGGGUGGGGGGGGGGGGGGGGGGGGGGGGGGGGGGGGGGGGGGGGUAGUGGAGUGAUAGACCUGGCCCUGCCCUUGCUGGGAAAUUUAGGAGCUAAUAAAGUUCUCUGAAAUGUCAUUCCCUGAUUUUAAGACCUACUUCACACAAAUUGGCCGUUGUUAUCUUUAGACAACAAUUUAAAGUGUUUGAUUGCAAUUGUUUUACUGUCUUCAAUGUCCUUUUUUCAAACUGCGUGGCCCACAAAAGUAAAGUUGUGUGUACUUUAGUACUUUUCCAUAUAUUCAUUUUUUUUCUUUGUGAGAAUUGGAUCAGAUCACAACUUGAAUAUUUUUUAAAACUACUUAUUUAAUUGUAGUAAACCUUCAAGCGGUUGCAGCUGGUAAGAAGUGUUGCUUCAGUCACUAAAUUUUACCGAUUACUGCCUGAUAAGGAGAACACUGCUAUAAAAUUUGCACUUGUUAUGUAUGGAUGUAGUUGUCAAAUAAUUAAUUUUUUGGCUGCUUAAAGAGUAGCUCUUACUGCCAACCAGAUUCAUAGCAAAUGUAAUAAGAUGUAGCAAAGUAACAUAAGUAUCAUAAUGUUAAUGGCAACAUACUGGUAAUCUUUUAUGUUGUCAGUAUCACAACUUUCAUAGUUACAGACAUGAAACUCGCCCCUUAGUUGUCAUCUAAUUAAUUUUUCUUCUCAAAGAGUAGCACCCACGGCAUGCCGUGCCUAGCAAAGGUAGAAGAUGCAGUAAAUUAACAUAGACCUCUUUCAUAAUGGCAGCCUAUUAAUAUAUUCUCUUAUAUGUAUGAUAAUUAGCCUUUCUGGUGUCGUUAGCAUGUGCAAAAAUAAAUUAUACAAAUUAAAGAAUUCUUACUUUCAAACGAGGUCAGAAAGGCUAAUUAUUGUAUGUUUAAAGGAAUAUAUUAAUAGGCCGCCAUUAUGAAAGAGGUCUACAAGCAUUGUAUUAAAUGUUAAUGUGAUCAUUUUGCAUUAUCAGCAGCAACACUUUUACUUAUUCACCACAGGCAUGAAACUCUCCAAUCCUUUCCAAUAGUGCUUUUAGAACUUAAAUUUGGAUAUAAAGAAUUUGAAGGUAUUUCAGUUGUAAUAGUUACUUAUGUUACACAAAUCAUUUUUAGGAUUUAAGACUCCAAUCGGGACCUUUGCCAUCUGUGGACUGCAUGGGCUCCCUGUGUGGUUGUAUGGACUCAAGACCCAUUUGUGGUCUCCUUUCAUGUCACAUCACGCACAACUGGGAGUUACUGGAGUUCUGAUUUCUGGGCGAGCUCUUUGCAUGGCUGUUGAAGUAAGUAUGGGGUUGAUUUAUGUGUUGUCAUAGCAUCAUAUGUAACCAUAAAAGGUAGGGCAUAGGAGAUGGGUUAUAUUUCUUACUUUUUUACAAGGUCUUAUAUCAAAUACAAGCAUUCUAUUUCUUUAGUUGUUUUGUUUCCCCUUAGUAUGAUACAGAAUUAUUUGUCAUACUUACAAACAUUUCUGUUUUACAGGUCUGGUUUAUUAAGAGCCAUAUAGAAGAUUUACUAGCAGAACAAGAACAGAAUCAGACACUGCCUCCUAAUAUAAAUAAUUGAAUCAAAUUCAAUCGGCUGGCACUGGCUUGCCAUAAUCAUAUUGAUGUAAACAACUUGCUGAAACUGACCAAACCAUACAUUUGGGCAAUUCUAAAGGCCAGAGCUGACAUUUCUAUAGCAUCUAGUGGGAUUUUGCAGAAAAGUGUCAUGGUGGAUGAUAGUAGUUAUCUUGAAAAUGUUACUCUUUUGGGCUCCCCAUUACUUUGGUUUCCCUGAAAUAAUGAUCACCAUUUUUGUGCCAAGCAAGGGGGUCAGCUUAAUUGUGUGAUAAUUCCUACCAGUGCCAACUGUGCCUAUAACCCUAAAAAAAACUAGAACAAUAAACUGAGGGGCAAUAGAAUGGCUGACAACUUAUGUAACACAGUAUAGUUAUAUAAGUUCUCUUACAUAACUCACCGUGUAAUUACUUAGAGAUCAAUCCAAACAAUGUAAACACCCCAAGCAAAGGUUAAUAACUGCCAAGUGUCCUACAAUGUGACAUCCGCUUUCUUUGAUCUUAACUUCAAAAGUCCUUGUACCAGAUCCUUAGCUUGUAUAUUCCUUGCGAUUUGAUUCGAUUUCGAUUAAUGCCUUUCGAUGUCGAUUAUUUCGAUUUGAUUAUGUAAAUGUUUCUUAAUUCUUAUAACAUAACGCGUAAUGUGAACAACAUACAACCCCAAAACCUCAAUUUGAGAAUAGUAACAGGGACAGAAGGAUUCACAGUCGCUUGGUCAUUUAUCGCCAUGUUUGAGAACCUUACAAAGAGGGUGUCGAACACGGAUUGCCUUAUUUGGAAAUUCUCAAGGGGUGGUUGAAGGACAGCAUUUUUACCAGGCAACACAAAAUGGUGCACGAACUGCUAUCGUCUUUGCUUGUCAAUCAAAACACGCGCAUUUUAAAGAGUUCUAGAUUCUGAUUUUACAAUGUAAUAACUCACUGAGGGCACCCUGGAAAAGGUGUGCAAAAUCGAACCAAAAUCGAAACGUGGAAGCAAAGAAUCCUGAAUCGAACCGAACGGUCAUAAUCGCGAUUAAUGGAGAAUUCGAUUAAUCGUUACACCACUAUGGUUAUUAGCUUGUUUGCUCAAUAAUGGUAUGUGCAAUUCCCCCACUACUUACCACCGGACCACAGGAGGGGGGCACUCCCUUAUUUGGCCUUAAUAGGUAUGUACACGGGGUGCGGUUUGCAGGGUCUUGAGUGCCAGAGACUUUUCGUGCCAAAGAUCUGUUGACCUUGACGGCCAACACUGAAGCAUCCACCUUCAUGCGAGGAAAAAACCUCUGAUAACCAGGGUACCUUAAAUGGGGUUUACAAUUUCACUAUUUAGCGUCUUAAACAGGGUGUCAUUUUUAACCAAAAGUCUUUAAAAGAGUGUGGUGGUGUGGUCUACUGUUUUUAUGUUAUGGUACCAACAAUAAUAUUGUUCACCAAAAAAUCUAAUUUCAUGUUGUUAGUUGGAAAAAUUACUUAAUUCUGUAUGCAAAACGGCAUGAAUCAGGGCAAUAAGAAAAGGUCUCUUGUUUUACAUGUGGUGUAAACAGGAUAGCAAAAUGAAUGAUUUUUACCUUAAACAUAGUCUGGGUUUAAGGCCUUAGCGGCACUGACUUCUACCGAAACUUUCCUUGAGGGUCCCCCACCCCCCACCCCCAGACCACUAUAGAUAGUGGGGCGGAUAUAUGCAGCACUUGCGUCGAAUUGUGCCCUUUCUGGUUAAUAAUAAUAAUAAUUUAUUUAUAAGUUGCAAAAUAGUAUUAAAAUAUGAUCUAAUGUGCAUCACAUUUGGUAAAAAUGUUUCCUUUGUUACCUUGAUUAAUCUCUGAUAUCUGUAGCCAUCGCGGAUUUUGGGUGCUGACGCCAGUUAUGGGGAUUUUAUUAAAACGGCAGCUAUCUUGACCAGAAGUGAAAAUGAUAAAUCGCCGGAAGUUGACUUUUUUUGCUUUUCAUUAACUCUUUUAAAAGUUCAAAAAUCUGUUCAUUUAUUCUUAUUUACAAAGAUUAAGACACUCAUUUCUCCUGAACGGUAAUUAGUUGGUCAUUGUUAUAAGACCUUGGGAAAUGAUCUAACUUUUCACUCUUUCAAACGGAUUUGUCUCAACUUAAUUUGCUUCCCCUUAUACUCUUGGUACCAGAUAGUCACAUCAAUAUCGUAGUAAUUUGUUAAAGUAAUGUAGUGUGGUAAUAAGUCAUUAAUUGCCAAGAGUAGUCUUUUUUAUCUAUUGUGUAUUUGUUUGGGUCAGACUGUGUCACCGUUGUUGUGCCAUUCUUUCCAGUGGCUUUUAGCCGAAAAUUAUUUUGUUACCUUCAAAUGGCCAUACAGAUGUUUUUUUCUUUUUUAAUACUAGUCAUGAAGACAACUUUCACCUCUCCCUGUUUUAGCUUACUAUUUGACAGAUUCAAUCCUGAAUAACUGAGGUCUUAUAGAUUCUCUACGGGGAAAUUGUCUUAAGUACCACUCUGUAAAAUCCAACCAAAUGUUGAGCAGGGAAGUAAGAGGUUCCAGCAGUAAAAGCAAUAACCCACCCCACCUCACCAAUGUGACAUAGAUUCAAUUUGUGAAUAACUGAGGUUUUUUUGAACCUUACAAACAAGACAAAACAUAACUACUUGCUCUGUACGCUCUCUAUGCAAUGUGACAUACAGUUCAGUGCUUAAAACGCAACUUGAGGUGUUCAGUGAGUGUGCACAGCUCAAAAAACAACCGGACUCAGGACAUUUUUAAAAUUCUUAUUGUUUUGUUAUCGAAAAUGGUAUUAAAUUUCGCGCAAUCUUUUUUUUUUGCGCGUAUUAAAUUAGUAAGAAUAAGAUGAUUGCAAAACACUACGCGUUUCUCUUUCCCUUCCUCGUCACCCCCGCCCGCUUUCCUUAUCCCUCUUUUUAGCCUCCCUGUGACAAAAAGAGCCCCAUUCCCCAUCUGGACGGUGUGGAAUGCAGGGUUACUCUUCAAGCCCCAAAAUAUGUCCUACAACAGGGUCUGGAAGGGGAUCCUGAUCCCGCAAUAUUGCUUUUUUUUUUCACGACUUCGUUUCAUCUCGAACUUCUGUUAUCUCUAUCCCCGAUACCGUUUUCUUUCCCAAUACCGCAUCCUGUACCAAGAUUUUGGCAAAUCCCGCUUUCCGAAAAGGCAAAGAGGUCAAAUCCCGAAUCCCGUCAAGACAUUUUGCGUCUUCCCGAAUCCCGCACUGUAGAUCCCAGAAAAGUGCGGCGUUUUAAUCUAAAUCUAUUCAAAGUAGACAGACUGCAAAUUAUAGUAGUUGCUAAAAAAUAUAUCUACGUGUCCCAACUGUUCAUCAGUAGGAUGCCUAAAAUACUUGCAAUUCCACAAUUGGUUUCGGCUCCAUUAAAUCCUAUACCAAUUGCAGAACAUUUUAGGAGGAGCCACCCACCGUGUGAGCCCUGGUGUGAGCACAGUCGCGGACAACACGUGUCUUAUCUUGCACGUGGGUCCCAUGGCCACUCAAGUAAAUCAUUGCGUUGUUCCAUAUGCGCAAAAACGCCAAAUACCAAUUACCAAUUACCAAAGCAACCGUUUUUGAUUAAGCUGUAUAUACCUCCUAUUAGUUCAUUCGGGUACGUUGUUAACCUCAGUCUUAACAAUCUUCUUAAAAGAGUGCACUUCCGACCUGCAAUGGAGUUCUUAUCGAUAAAAACGUGCAAUGGAGUAAAUUUUAUUGUGUUAGUUUUAAUGCUUUCACAAUCCGAAUUCCCAAAUGAGCGUCCCUAGAUUCAUCUAUCGAACCAUCCAUUGUUCCUGGUAAUUUUGCUUUGUUUUCAACUAAGUUCCUACUUUCCUGUUGGGAAUACAAAAGAUAGUGAAUCUUAUCACAAAACUAAGUUUUUUGGUGAAACACAAACUAAUUGCCAAGUCUUUUGAAAUUGAAACAAUAAAUUAGGCGUACACUGCAAAAAAUGGGGCGUCGUACGUGUAAUAUGGAUUAACAUAUUUGAUGAUGAUGAUGAUAUACUUUAUUUAGCUUUAGCUAUAUUUUUACUCUCGUCGUUUUGCCAUUUCCGUCCGCAAAUAGCAAGAGCUCAUCUAACAGCUACAGCAUGUACCGUAAGGGAACUUACUUAGCCUACAACAACAACGUCAAACAGGACGGACCCUGUAAGAAAAUUUUGUGUUUAUACACAGAUAAAAGGUAUGACUACAUUGUUCGAUUAAGUUCGGCAUACUUGUGCGACCAGAAUAAUGUAAUCUCGCUUCGACAUGAACUACUUCAGUACUAUGGUACCGGACGAUUCGAUUUGUUAAAAAGUGCCGAGAUGUGUUCCAGGUACGUAAAAGAAGUUGGCAUCGAUUCUGUUCUGGCGCUUGAGGAUGUCGCUGCUCCCAUUUUAUCUUCCCUUGUGGAAAAAUAUGGCUCAUUCGCUUUCCGCGGCCCCUCAUUUGAAUCAGUGUUUCUGACUAUCAACAAGUACUACACCCGAAAGCUUCUGGAUCCCAACCCUGUGCCUUACUGCCAUAUCGAUUUGAACAGUCAUCUAGAAAGUGCCACCUUAGAAAACAUGCUAAACGAGGUGGGUCUCCCUGCGAUUCUAAAGCCGGCUUGUGGAACUGGGUCAGUAUUAAUACAGAAAAUUAACAGUUUCGAUGAUUUGGUCCACGCAAUCGAGAGUAGCAAGAAACACUACAGUUCCAUAAUAGGCAGCCAUGCUCCUUUGUCCUCCAAAUUCCUUGACUUGAGCAGGUAUCCCUUGGCUUUGACCGAUGGAUUGAUGAUCCUCCUCUUUAUACAUCUACCUCUCUAGUAUCUCGACCUACCCACUCAUAAAAUCACAAGGGAACUGUACAAUGAUGCUACAGUGUGUGGAUGGAAACAGUUUUAUCAGAUGAAAAAAGUUAGGUUUAAGUCAGCGAGUCGUUUUGAAAAAAUGUGUUUUCUCCCUAGAGGCCACUUCAAAUUGUUCUCCUUUUCCUUAACCUAAUUCUGACUCCACUAACACGAUAUAUCUAAUGUGACAACCUUAUUUAGGAUGCAUCAGUCAUUGUUAUAAAAUAUAGAAAAGGAAAACUUGCAAAACAAAACGAAAACUAUCAGAAGGACUGAACUGACGUAGAAUGGCUUAAGUCUCGCGCCAAAACCAUAAAUUGCCCGAUACUAUCCCAGGAACACCAGCGCGCCUCUAUACCGUGACGUCAGAAUAUUAAUUUUUGACUAAUUCCUUCCCAUGUCUCUCUGUCGUCAGAAAUUAUAUUUUGUUGAGAGAAACCUCUGAGGGCACUCCGUAAAAACCACCAACUUACAUUUUUUCUAAGCGCUAAGACUUUAGAUUUCGGAGUUAAUAAGAUCGGGUAAACACGCAACUCUUGUACAGCUGUGGAUGAUGAAGCCUACAACCUCCCACCUACCCCUCCCCUAACCCAACAUUUGAUCUACAUUUGGUAGACUCUUGUGAACACGGGAAAGUUACGUUUCACAUUAUAUCUGAUUGUUUUGCCUUAUCACCAGAAAAUAUUUGUAGCGCAUAAGUCGUGCUUAAUUCUUCUUUAAGUCCUGCUAGUCCCGUAAAGAAGAUUUCUUUGAUUUUGUUGAUUUAUCCGUUAGUUCUUAGUAGAAUCCGUAUUUAUUUUGGUAAUGGAAUGAUCGGAAAGUCAGCUAUGUACGCACGCCAUUUAGCUUUGCUUUUGCUUGUAUUUAUUUCAGUUUACGAUAUGAUCUUGGAUUAUUCGUUGAAUGAUUCAAGUGAUUGUCCGUAAAAUAUAUCCCCGUUUGCAUGUCUUCCGGAAGUGGACUUUUUGCAUUCUUGGGCUUUGAUUUUGAAUCUUGGUCAGUUAUACAAAUUUGGUCGCGUCAAUGGACAUAAAAAGGAAAAAAUGCCUACUUCAAGUUGACGUGCGUUGCUUAAAAAACGUCGCUGCUUAAACUCCCUUUUAACUUUAACUUUGCACUUUGGUCAAAAUGCUGUGUUAGGGAAGAGGGAUAUAUGUAGGUGUGCAAUUUCCCAACAUACAGAUCCCUUUUUCUUUAUAGAUAUGUGUUUAAUGGAAAGGCAUACCGCUGGGCACUAUAUGAUUUGACAACAUGGCCCACACAUCCAAAUGUCAAUCAAAUGCUGUUUCUUCCUUCCACGAAACCCACUCAUAUUCAAGAGAGAAUCUGGGACAUGUUUGAGACCGUAGCAAACAGGUACUAAGCUUCUUAACGUUUUGGAUUCCGAGCAGCGUGUUGGUUUACAAUCAACAACGGUUUCCGGUCGUUUCGAUACAAAGUCGUUGCAAACGAGUUGUAUUGAAACGACCGGUUUUCUCAACAACGUAUCUAGCCCGUCUAGCUGGCGAUUUUGUGUUGUGUGUUUUUCCAUUUGUGGUUCGUAAAGUAGGACGGAUACAGCCGCGCGAAGGCUGAACCGACGUAAAUGAGACAAUCUCUCACCCCUUGCCCCCUCUUCGCUACCCCCGUUACCUCGCGCGUUUUGGUUUGACACAGUCGUCUUGGGUAACUCUAUUACUUAACCACUUUGAUAAACAAAAAACACACCAAAAAUGACAAGCGUCAGACCUCUUUAACUUGCAUUCAAAGGGGAGACAGCAAAUUGUUGUUGCUCGAAAUAUCAUUAUACAUACUGAUAACCGUCAGUAGCAUAAAAGGUGUGCAAUUGCACAAUUGAUGUUCUUAAGAGAAUUUCCAAUACGUACGAGAAUAAUACCAAGUAGCCAGCCGAACAGGGGUUGUUAUAUAAUACAUUUUUGUUUCCGCAUUUUUCAGACGAGCAAAGGUAUUAAAGCCUGAGGCAGGCGUGGAGCGUGAGACGCGCGCCUUUUCUCGUCGACCGUGUCUUGCACUCUGUUAAGCAGGCGCUUUCAUUUGUUUGCCUGAAAAAAAGCAAAAAGUAGCGGCUGUUUUGCUGCGUAAGAUACGAGAUGUGUGUGGGGUGGGGGGGGGGGAGAGGGGGUGUCGCGAGGAGUCACGUGCGCGAGCAGCACCCAAAAAAAGAGGGGAGAGCGAGCAGAAUUACUUUCCCUCGAUCGCUUGGAGAGCAAGGGGCUAGGUUUUCUUUGUUGUUAGUCGCAAAUUCAAAGCGCAUUAAUCUUACUGUUUAAUCGUAGAGCUGCUGAUUAUGGAUAUGAUAACCACUUCCUGAACAUGCAGUUGUUCUUGUGCAAGAACGGAGAUGUCAGGCUACUUGAGAUUAACGGCAGAAUGACUACAGUUUGUUCUCCCCUCUGCCAAAAGAGCCUCACUUCCGGUGACACAAUUGAAGCGCAACUGCGCCUGGCACAAGGGGAAAAACCUCCUCCAGCAAAACUCACAGGCGUGCAUUCAGCAUAUGUUUCUAUCAGAAGCACUAUUUCAGGCAAAGCAAAUGAAAUUAUCGAUUUUCAAGUUGCCGAGAGCAUGGAAAACGUCAACCUUCAUACUGGCCCCGAUGAGUACAUACAGCCCGUUGGCGACGGUGGAAAGAGUGUUGGAGGGGCUUAUCUGUUUGCAGACAGCCGGGAAGAGAUCUGGCAAAAACAUCGUGAUCUGUACAAACGGUUGUUUAAGAAACAUCCUAUUGGAUGUAGCAAUUAA